AUGUCCUUGUACCCUACCCGAAACGCAUCAGGGAAGUACGAAAACGUGGACUUCACAAAAGCUGCAGGGCACGAACUUCCGACUGUAAAAGUCAGCUAUCUUCGACGCGAUGUGCUUCUAUUUGCAGCCGCAAUUGGGGUUAAAAAGGAAGAAAUCCACUUUCUCUAUGAGCUACACCCAUCAUUUGCUGUCUUUCCCACAUUCUCAUCCAAUCUUGCGUUCAAGCGCACAUCGCAGGAUGUCUUUGAUUUCAUCGAGCGUAUGAUCGCAUCCAACGCGCCCGUACCUGGCACGCCACCUUUCGAUCCUCAAUGCUCUGUAGAUGGAGAACGCGGUCUCGAAAUCAUCAACCCCCUACCAGUCGACUCUUCAGGGCUAGAUCUUGAGGUCCGGGGCAAAAUUAUUGGCGUUUAUGAUAAAGGAGGGAACAUGAUACUAGAGGGCGAAAACACGCUGGUAGAUGCAAAUACAGGGAAGACGUUUGUGAAGUUUACCAACAUGGCAUUUGGGAUUGGACAAGGAGGGUAUGGCGGCCCUAAGGGCCCUUCAAAGAAGGUUUAUUCUCCCCCAAGUAGAGAGCCUGAUUCAGUAUAUGUUUACAAGACGUCUCCUGAACAGGCUCUCCUCUACAGGCUGUGCGGUGAUUACAACCCUCUCCACGCAGACGAGGAUUUUGGCAAAAAGGCUGGGUUCAAAGGAAGCAUUAUGCAGGGACUCGGCACCUGGAAUAUCGCGGCGCACGGGAUUUUGUUACAGUUGGGAAAUAGUGAUCCAUUGCGGUUCAAAAGUAUCAAUGCGAGAUUUUCUAAUGUAGUAUACCCGGGUGAAACGCUGGAAACGAGAAUGUGGCAUGCACCCAGCACAGACGGAAACAUUGAUGUCGUUUUUGAGACUAGGGUACAGGAAGAUGGACGUAUUGCCUUGUCGAACGGACUUUGUGUGUUGAAGUCUGAGCACCCUCCGCCAUCCAAACUUUAGAUGCAUAAAACAAAUAAAACUAGAAUUUCCCAACUCUACUAUCCGAUAAUAUCGCUAGACAUUCCGAUCCGGGUACGUGAUGCCUACAGGGAGAUGACUAUCUGCUCUA